AUUUAUGACCCUUUUUUUAGCAUUCUCAACGUUUUAUGUUAAUCAAAAGCCAUGCUAUUUCUUCUUUUUUAUUUUCUGGGGUGAUGAGUUAUAUGAGUUGCACAUGGUCCCAGGAUUGUUAAAGAAUUCAAUUUACAGAUAUUACAUGUGGUGAUGGCUCAUUAUUAUACAGUAGAUAAUAGAUAUUAUAAACAGAUUAUAUAAGGCUUCUCCAUAAGUAUAAAUUUUCCUUCUUGUAGAUUGAAUAGAAUCAUCCACUGUAGCCAUGGAUAACAGUAGCGAUGUUCUAGCACGUGUUCAGAUGUCAGGUUCUAAAAAAAAUAAAAAACACUUGUCAAUUAAAGUACAAAAGACUGGUAAUAAAAAGGUGAUUAGUGCACACAAAACUAAGUUUUCACACUCUAAGCCUACAAAAUUACGAGCUCCAGUUCCUUCACAUGUAUCUAAAAAGCCUUCAGCAUUACCACCCUCUUCUUCCCAGCCACCACAAAAAUUCAAGAGAAAUUUACUAUCUUCCCAUGCCGAUCAUACACCAUCACCAUCACCAGCUGAAUCACUAUACUGUUCACCUAUCCAAUCUCAGUCAUUUGAUAAUGCUCCUAAUAAUGAACGAAAUUUACAUCAUGCUCACUCAUCGGAUGAAAAUCAUCACGAUGAAUCUCUUGCUCAAGAAGGUGAACUUGUCACUCAAGAAGGGCUCUUGAAAAUAGAGCCUUUUGGCAAUGAGUUUAAUCCAUGUACUGCUGUUCGUCAUGUAACAAAUGCCAUUAAAAGCAAAUUUUCAGAAUUCUGCCCUUCCUGGAGACAUGCUAGUGAGCAAAUGCGAGAUUUGUGGUUUACUGAAUUUAAAAAAAAUUGUAUGUGGGAACCUCAACACAAUGCAAGAAUUCGUCAAAUUUUUGAGAUUAAAGAGAGUGAUCGAUUAAGAUCGUUGAUGAAUCAGGAGAGACGCAAUUAUUCAAAAGACCCUAACCAUGUACCAAAAUAUAUUCCUGAACCCGUUUGGCGUCAACUAUUACAUUAUUUUGCUACAGAUUCGAAAUUUAAGAACUGGUCAGCAGCAAAUACUGUGAAUCGACCAACGUCUGCACCCCGCUUUUCUACAAACUUUAGCCUAAGUCCUCCGUACGAUGUUGCUGUUAUCUGGCCACUCGAUGAAGUACUUGAGAGACGCUCUUUGAUGACAUAUGAUCGUGCAGAGGAGUAG